AUGAGAGCAACUUUAUUUUAGUAGUUAAGAAAGAUAAGAGCAGAAUCUGCUAAAAUUGGAGGAAAUCGUAAUAAAUAAAUGCUUGAUACUUCUGAACUGGGAGGACGACAAAGUUUUUAUAGAAAAAGACGCUUUGAAGAUCCUAAUAAUACUGUAAUUGAAUAAACAAGUUCAUUUCGAUUUCAUGAUAAGGAAAAAUAUGAAUAGGAAAUCAAAUAUCUCAAAAAUAAUUUACAUUCUUUGGAAAGCGAAAAUAUCAAACUUAAGACGAAAAUUCAUUAAUUAGAAGGUAAGCACCUUCAAUUUAAAAUUAGACAAUUAAUUAAAAUAAGAAAAGAUGCUAUAAGAAUUAGAUCGUAUAGGCCCUGUUAAAACUUAAUUAUUAAAAUCUUUGAAUUAUGCUACUGCUUUGAAUGCAUUAAAAAAAGAAUUAAAUAAUAUGAAAUUGGAAAUACAAAAAAAAGAUUAAGAACUUAUUAAUAUGAAAAAAAAUCAAAGAUAUACUUAAAUGAAUGAAUUAUAGAUUGAAAGAACUGCUUUUUAAGAAGAGACUGUUAGAUUAAGAUAAUAAAUUGAAUCAUUAUUUUAAGCUAGUUUAUACAAUUUACAAUAGAAUAAUGUAGAAUAAGCUAUUUAAGAAAGAUUAUUUUAAUUAAUUGCUUAAAUUUAAGAAAAUGUUAUAUAAAAAAGUGAGAUGGAAAAAAUAAUUGAAAGACUUAAAAAAGAAUGUUUGAAAUAUAGAGUAAUAAAUAUUUAAUUUAUAUUAGUCUUAACAAAUAGAAUAAGAAUUUAGAAGUAAAAAGGAAAUAAAAAAAUUAUUAGAUCAAAUAAAGGAAGAAGCAAAUAAUUCAUAAAAAGAAAGUAGUAAAGAAACUUAAUAAUAAUCUAAACCAGAUGAAUUACAAUUAUUAACAGACUUAAUGUUUGCAAAAUAAGAUAAUUAAGCAAAAUAGAAAGAGAUAGAAAAUUAAAAUUAAAUUAUUUAUGAUCUCGAAAUGUAAAUUAAGGAACUUACUAUGGUUUAGAAAUCAGAGACUUAAGAAAUUUAACCAUAAUCAUAAAGGCUUGAUGUAUCAAUUAAAUCAAAGAUAACAAAAAUCUAAUCGCCAGUAUUUGCAACUGAAAUCAUGUAAGAGAUAGCUUUACCAGUAAAAAAAUCUAUGGUGAUCUAAGAGUAAAUCUAACAAUAAGUGAAAUAACCACAAAGAAGAAAAAUAGUUCCAGUUAAAUUUGAAGAAAUAAAAAAAAUUGGAGAAACUUUAAAAUAUAGAUUAAUGGCUAUGGAUAUUAAUAUUUCACAAUUAGAUGAAUAUUUAUUUGAUGGAGAUUCUAUGACAUUCAAAGAACUGAAAGAUAAGUUAAGGCUCUAUCCAUUUAAUUUAACAAAUGAAGAGUCCUUAUUAGUCUCUCGUUAUAUUAUGGAAGGUGAAAAUGAUAUUUAUGAAUUGUUGGAGUCAUCUUCAAAUUAUAAUCCAUAUAUUCGUUCAGUUUUAAGAAGAAUAUUGACGAAUUACAAAUUAGAAAUAGUAAAAAAUUAAUUACUGCAUUCUGAAAAAUUAAAAGAUGUAUUAACUAAGUUUAAACCAUUCAUUAUCAGUAAUAUCAAGCAACUUUAUGGAAAGGAUUGUAUAAGAUUGAACAAAUAAUAGUUUAAUGAGGCAUUGAUGUCACUGAAUAUAGAAUUGAAUUAAUUUGAGUUAGAUUAUUUAAUAGUUUAAGGAAUUUUAGAAAGUAAAGGAGUUGAAUCAUUAAAUUAUGAAGAGAUGCUAAAAUAUGAAGUUAAGAUGGAUUAGGAUUAACAACUCUCUUUUUUGUUGACUGAAUUAAACAAUUAAUAAAAUUAGAAGGCGGAAAUGUCAGUAAUUGAAGAAUGCCCAGAAAAAUUAUCAGAAAUAGAGCAACUUGAGUAAUAAGAUCAAAAAUAAGAGUAAAUAAAAAACUUGUAAGAAAAUGAUGAAGAAAAAUAAUAUGUUACCUUUGAUAAAUAUGUAAGUGAAUAAUUUGAUUCAGAUAGUGAAGAAUCAAAAUAAGAAAUAUUAACAUCGGCAUUUAACUUGGGAUAGUGA